ACACCAGACCUUCAAUCUGAUUCUCACAACCACAAACUCUGCAACAAACACACAAAACUCCUCCCGCAUUCAACAUAUUCAUCUCCAGUUCGAAGUCCUCGACAGAGGCACAAUAGCAAGAUGGUCCUCGAAGCAGUAAUGGUAGUGGUGGACAACAGCGAAAGCAGUCGAAAUGGCGAUUACACUCCAACAAGAUACGAAGCACAAGCCGACGCCGUCUCCCUCAUCUUCUCCGCCAUCACACAAGCCAACCCCGAGUCAUCUGUCGGUUUGAUGAGUAUGGGAGGCAAAGGACCAGAGGUUCUCGUCACAUUAACAACGGAUCAUGGCAAGAUCUUGGAGGGCUUACAUCGCACGAAGAGCAAGAUUCGAGGAGGAAGCCAUUUGGCAACGGGCAUUCAGAUCGCCGGUCUCGCACUCAAGCACCGUCAAAACAAAUCCCAACGUCAACGCAUCAUAGUUUUCACCUGCUCUUCCAUCCCCGACGACGAGAAAUCCCUCACCAAGCUGGCCAAGAAGAUGAAGAAAAACGGCGUCUCAAUAGACUUCAUAGCUUUCGGCGAGCUGGACGACGAGACCACCAAGAAACUCACUGCCUUCAAUGACAACGUCAAGGGCAGCGAGGGAUCUCACAUCGCCAUCAUUCACCCCGGGCCCGGCCUGUUGAGCGACCAGCUUGUCACAAGCCCAAUCUUGAAUGGUGACGGCGCAUCUGGUGGCGGUGGAGGAGAGGGAGCUGGAGCAGCGGACAACUUUGAGUUUGGUGUUGAUCCAAGUAUGGACCCUGAGUUGGCACUGGCUUUGAGAAUGAGCAUGGAAGAGGAGAAAGCGAGACAGGAUAAGCAAAACCGGGAGCUUGCGGAGCAGGAGGCUAAGGAUAAGGCGAAGCUGGAGGGGAUCAAGGAGGAAGAUGAGGCGGGGGAGAAGGCGCCGUUGUUGGGAGAGGGAAGCGGGAAGGAUGAUAAGAAAGAUGAUGGGGAUAAAAUGGAUACGGCGUAG